GUCGCUGGUCGGGCCGUUCAUGUCCGAAGGGCUCCCGGCAAUGAAGCACUCCGCAGCCCCGGGGACACCGAGAACAGCGAGCCACGGAGCACUGGUGGGGGGAGAAGCCCUAAAGAGCGAUCCCCCAGCAUUGCAAAGGCCACCACUAACCCAUGUCCCUAAGUGCCACAUCCACAAGGCUUUUAAACACCUCCAGCGAUGAGGAUCGGCAGUCAAAUCGGGGAAAAAGACUUCCCUACAUUUCCAAAUAUACAACCUAAACCUUCCCGGCACAAGGUCAGUGACAAAGCAGCAGGGACAGCGUGUGUGACAGCACUGACAGAGCCGGAGUGUACCUCAGCUUCCUCCCGGGCAAGGUGGCACAAGACACUUCAGCAGUGGUUCAUGCCCACAUUUGGGGGCUGGUAUUACUGGAGGGGAUCAGUCACAGGGCUGGUUUUACUCCAAGCAAGCACCAACACAGGUCCAGGACACAGCAUAACCCAGGCUAUAGGGAUGCAAAAGCUGGGGGCAACCACAGAAUGCUGGGCCUGGGUCACCUCUGCAUCUGUGAUGUCAUUAUGGGGCACAAUCCAAGAGCCAGCAAGGGGGUUCAGGGCUGGAUGUUUGGGGACAACACCAGAGUGCUCUACACACCUCAGCAAGGUCCACUGCCUCUGGCUCCAACGUGCGGGAUAGCUUGGCACCUACCAAAUGUUCAUCCUCCAACAUGGAGAGGAAGAUGAGCGAUAGGAGUUGCAGCAUCUCCAAUGAGCUCCGCCUGGAAGGGAGAUUCUGCGAUGUGAUCAUCAGUGUAGAUGGGGUGGAAUUCAAGGCUCACAAGCUCAUCCUCUCUUGCUGCAGUAUCUACUUCAGGACUCUGUUUACCAACUGGGACAGCGCAGACAAGAUGGUCUAUCAAAUCCCUGGCAUUUCAGCUGAAAUGAUGGGUCUCAUCAUCAAUUACGCCUACACUGGGACAGUACCGAUCACAGAGGACAACGUUGAGAGUUUGCUGGCUGCAGCAGAUCAGUUCAAUGUCAUGGGCAUCGUCAGCCUGUGCUGUGAGUUCCUCAGUUCCAGGCUGUGCUUUGAGAAUUGCAUUGGCAUUUGCAGACUCACUGACUAUUACCACUGCCCCGACCUGCGCGCAGCUGCCUGCGUGUACAUCCUGCAUCACUUCGAGGAGGUGUCCCAGGUGUCCGAGGAGUUCCUAGACCUCUCUGCCGAGGAGCUGGCGCACAUUAUUGAGAAGGAUGAGCUUAACGUGCGGCGAGAAGAAGCCGUGUUUGAGGCUGUGCUGAGGUGGAUCACUCAUGACCCGCAGAACAGGAGGCAGCACAUCGCCUGCUUGCUCAGCAAGGUGGGUGCUGUGCAGCUUUGGAGCUGUCCCCAGAUGCUACCGAGGGGGAAACCAUCAGUAUUAGUGCUCCAACCUCCUCCUUGCAUGUUUCAGGUUCGACUGGCACUCCUACAAUCCGACUACUUUAUGAACAACGUCAAAGCUCACGAGUAUGUGAAAGACAAUGCCAACUGCAAAGAUCUCAUCAUCAGUGCCCUGUCAGAAAUCUACGACCUGAACUCCUACGGCCAGAGUUCCUCGGUCAACGCCAACCCACUGACCCGGCCGCGCCUGCCCUACGCCAUCCUCUUUGCCAUCGGGGGCUGGAGCGGGGGCGGCGCCACCAGCGCCAUCGAGACCUACGAUGGCCGCACUGACAAGUGGCUCAACAUCCCCUGGGAGCAAGAGAGCCCCGUCGCCUAUCACGGCUCGGCUUAUUUGAAAGGCCACGUCUACGUUAUCGGCGGAUUCGAUGGCACAGAUUAUUUCAACAUCGUCAAACGGUUCGACCCGCUCCAGAAGACGUGGCAGCAGGUAGCACCCAUGCACUCACGGCGCUGCUACGUCAGCGUCACCGUUGUGGACAACUUCAUCUAUGCCAUGGGAGGGUUUGAUGGGUACAUGCGGCUCAACACGGCGGAGCGGUAUGACCCAGACACCAACCAGUGGACCCUGAUCACCCCCAUGCACGAGCAGAGGAGCGACGCCAGCGCGACCACGCUGAAUGGAAAGGUGUACAUCUGUGGUGGGUUUGAUGGCGAUCAGUGCCUCAGCUCAGCUGAAAUGUUUGACCCCACCACAAACCAGUGGUCCCUGAUCGCCCCAAUGAGCAGCAGGAGAAGCGGAGUUGGGGUGAUGGCGUACGGGAACCACGUGUACGCGGUUGGAGGGUUCGAUGGGAACAGCCGGCUCCAGAGCGUGGAAGCGUACAACCCCAUCACCAACGCCUGGCACGCCGUGCCCUCCAUGCUAAAUCCACGCAGCAACUUUGGCAUCGAGGUGAUGGACGGCCUGCUGUUCGUGGUCGGGGGCUUUAAUGGGUUCAGCACCACCGUCGCCACCGAGUGCUACGAGGAGGACACCAACGAGUGGUACGACGCGCACAGCAUGGGCAUCACCCGCAGCGCCGUCAGCUGCUGCGUGGUGCCAGGGCUCUCCAACGUCAUGGAAUACAUUGCCAGGCAACACUACUACCAGCACAGCUCCUCCAUGGACUUCUUGUUCACCAGUUCAACUCGGAGCUCGCCGUUGUAAAUAGUUCCCCUUAGCUAGGAGUGUUGUGAUCAGCCAUCACUGGAUGCUUGUGUAAAUAGUUCUGCGUAUCUAAUAAAGUCUUCUGAGCAUCCCAUCAUUGGAUGCCUGUGUAAAUAGCUCUCUUUAGGUAAUAAAGUCCCCCAUGGCAGCAAGGGAGUAUGUUCUCUUGUUCUAAAAUAGAAACAAUUGUAAACAGGCCAAAAGGAUCAUUAGGAUCUCAAAUUUACUCAACAGCAUUACCCAAUGUUAUUAGCCACACCCUAUACAUCAACUUAAAAAAUCAAAAGCACAACAGAAUGCUAGAGAAAUAAAAGGUUUAUUUUUAUUAAUUCACCUCUUACAAUAGCCUUUAGUACAUUGUGUUUAAGGUCAAGAACAGGACAGCAGGAUCUGUUUCAAAGGGCCUAUGACACACACUACUUUACCUCACAGGUAAGGACAGGAGUGCUGUUCCCCAGGAAACUGCUGCCCCUCAGUUAAUAUGCCAGGAGAGCAGAGCUGCUGCAACCCACAGUGGCAUGGACCCACGAGGAGAAUCUGACUAUUAAUGGUCAUCAAACAGCUCGUUAGUUCCACACUCUACAUUCAUAUUAGUAACAGGGUUAGAUUCUCAAGAGCACCUGUUUCAUCAAAUUCCACCCAGGACUGUCAAAUGGGAGAUGGCUUGUACCCCAACCUAAGGUGAACAGAGCUGAAAAUAAAUACAAGCUACAAACCACGUUCUUUAUGUUUCCUUUUUAAAGCCCAUUGGAUGUUAUCCUGUUACAAAGGCUGUAUUAAGAACAACAUAAAAAGUUUUAAUUCCUUGGGACUGGGUUUGUUGUCAGCCACCAGGGUAUUCCACAACACACAAGAUGAGCCAAGAAUUUGGAUUUCAAUAUUUUCUGUAAUGGAUAAAAACGCCAUUGCAAUAGUCAAGCAGAAUGCUGGGUACAGUUGUUCACAGCACAUGUAACACUGGGCUGUUUGCUUCAUCUCUGGAGUGGUUUCCCACUAUGUCCAAGGGAGUCAUUAAAAACACACACAACCCCUGGCUACUAAUGGAGUAUCCAAGUAGUUUUAAAUUAUUAUGUACACAUAUGGCCCCUGGGAGUUACUACAGCAACCACCAGCAGGUGCCACUGGUACUUUGAGCAGAAAGCCAGGACAUGUCACAUGUGUUUGGUGGCAGGUAUCAGGGCAGGUGUAGAGCUGUGAUUGUCCUAAGGAGGAGGAAAACUCCCCUCAAUGCCCUUUUCCCUCAGUGAAGCCAGCAGUCAGCCUUCUCACCCUUACUGAACACACACUGGGAUCCUGCUGACAGCUGACCAGCCUCUAGAAACACAUGGGAAGAACUCCCAGGCUUUUGUUUAUGGGAUCAUUUGAUAAACACCCUAUGGUAGUCAAGGGCACAAGGAAUUGUUAUGGAUUCACAGGCUUGUGGGCUGAACUGCAGCCAGAGCCAUGAGUGCAAUUCUCCCAACACAUCAUGUGAUGCAAUGGAUCACCCAACCCCUAAAUCACAAACUACAUCAGCGCCACUGAUCCCCUGGGAUUCAAGGCUAAAAAACCCAAACUGCUCACAGCUAUUGCAGAACUGGCAGAGCAAACACUGAGAGCUCUGGAGCUCUGUGCCAGGCCCUCCUCCCCAGAGCACAUGGAGGGACAGCACAGCACACACAGCAUGCAGCUGGCACACAUGGGUUACCUGGCCAGGGAUGGGGCUGGGCUCACACUGCCUCUCACUGGAGUGCUUUUAGCAAACGCCACAGCUUGUCCGUCAGCCCAAAGUCCUCCUAGGAAGUGCAAUAGCAAUUUUGCUUAGAAAAAGCAAGACUGCAAGGUUUGUUCUCACCUCUUUGUUGCACAGUGCCAUGCAUUAAAUAUUCAGUUCCUAUUCUAACUCAAAGAACCAUCUUGGUGUUUCUCCCUACAAAUUCUCUGUAUUUGAUGACAGACUACAGGAGAGCUUGCAGAGAGCUGUGGUGGUGACCAACCACUCACCAACUGCUUGUUAAAUCCCUCCAGCUGCUUCAGCAGGGUGGAGGAUGUGAACUCUCCACUGCUUUGGUGCAAAGUCUGGGAAAGUAUCUCAAAAUCAGCUCCCACAAACUGCUGUUACAUCGAUGGAUUCAGUUUGCACACUUUAACACAAACUGCUGCAGGAGCAGCAAUUCUGCACCUACUCCAUCCAGACCCAGCUUACAGCCUGCAGCAGCUGUUUGGGAACAGCCACCUGCAAACAACACCUUAAACUCACCUAUUUCCUCCUGCAUGAAGCCAGUAGCAUAGACUUCACCUGCCCCAAGAACCAAACAGGCAAAGAAAAUACAACAUGGUUACAACAGAGGAAUAAACAGAGACAAACUGUUCAGAAUUUCAAGUUUGGUAGUUUUUUAAACUAAGGCUGGAGACUCUCUCACAAGUUGUUGAUAUCAAAGUGGCCCAUAAAUCAUAAAGUGGAGCAUUAAGGGAUGUACACAUGAGAGAAACCUUUACACACUGAGUGGUGGAAAGACUUACCCAAGUUUCAGAUAUGAUCUGGGCUGCCUGUUGAACUGGAAAAGGAGAAUGAGCAGCUCAGGAAGCAAAACAAUUAAGACCAAAACAAACCCCAAACUGGUUAAAAGCCCUUUGCAAAGAAGUCAUCCACAUCAAAACCACCAGCAAACCAUCAGUGAACCAAGAACAGUAACAGAUUUUCCAGAAAGGUUUGUCUACACAAAUUUUGUAAUACCCAGGUUACUCCUCCCAUUCCCUUCCCUAAGAUCCUGAGUUAGCCUGCAUGGAAAAACCUGGAACAUUCAAAAGAAGGGAAGGAUGGGGAGAAAACGAGGUAGGAAGUAUGCACUGAAACUGUUGGUAAAUGAAAGGGUCCUGAAGCUUCUUGGACUGGGAAGGAGUGCUCAGUGGGACAGGUAACUGAGAGGCAGGGAUACUCCAAAGGGAUUAUCCCAACUUCUGUUCCCUGGGAGUGCAGCAGGAAGCAAUCCAGAGCCAACCAGGGCACUUGCAUCUACCAGAAGCCACCUCAGAAUACCACAAGGUGUUUAAAUGAGCUUAAAUCUCACCCCCAGAGCAAGUGGGGAAAUUCAGACACUUGGAGACUGUGAAAGCCCAGCUCUCCUCACUGCAGGAACACCUGGUACAGAGCUGCAGCACAGCUGCUGGGAGCUCCCUGGGACAGCAGGAGGGCAAAGGCUUCUGAUUGUCAGAGACAGGCUGGGAACAGCAGGGGCUCUCCCAUCACUUUUCACUAGAAUUAAAACACGUGCAACAUUUGAGAAAAGACCUACGAGCAGCUCAGGUUUCGCUAUACUCCUGUGAAACAAUCCCACUCUCACUGAUCCACUCUGACAAAACUGAACUACCAGUGUGGGUGGGUGGCUCAUCACUGGCUGUCACUCCUUCGCUCAGGCUGCUGAACCAAGUUCUUAAGUUUGAGACAGACUCAAACCUGCAAAUACACCUGAAAAAAAAAAUCCACUGCCUCAAGUUCUCUUUUAGCAAGUGUCUUGCAUCCAACCAUCCAUUUACAAACAAACUCUGCAGCCUCUCUACAACAGACAAAUACAAAAUAUUUACUACACAUAGAAACAUCCUGAAGUUAUUUCAUAAAGAAAGAUUGUGCUUUUGUUUCAUACAGAACUACUGCACUUGCCUCCAGCUUGGGAAAGCCAAGUACACCAACACCAAUCCUGUGAAGUUUAGUCACUGAGGAGAGAAUCAAAGGAAUGUCAAGAGAAAAGUGCAAAUGAAACAGGUGCUUUCAAGCACACACAAAUGUAACCACUAAAUUAUUAAAAGAGAGAUCUUUGAUUUUCCAAGUAGAACUGUUAGAGACUAACUCUACAGAAACCCUUGAAAUAAAAGAUCUGAGGAGAAAAG